AUGUGGCUUCUAUUCGUACGACAAGAAAAAGACAAAGAGCAUCUUCUUCAUUUUCAUCAGCUGCGUCUGAAACAAGUACAACUAGUGUCUCAUGCUCAUCGCCUUCUCGCCAUCGUCCUCCUAUUGGUAAGAACCGAAACAACGAGCAAGCAACAAGCACGAGAGCUACUGCACGGGGAGGUCGCGGGACAACAACGAGGACUAGGAGUGCCUCAACAGCAUCUGAAAAGGAUGUUUCUCACUCGGCUUCGGAAAGCACAAGCAGUGCGAAGCAUCGUAAAAUCCAUUGGUCGUCGUGUCGUGGCAAGCGGUAUCGCCAGUACCCUCAAUUCUUCGCCACAUGGAACACGGAUGACAAGCGACAAGGACCCUUCACCGAGUUGGCCGAUUUUGUUCCCGGUGGCAUCCAAUUUAUCCGAAAAAAACGCGUCUACGGCUUGCCGUCUUCAGAUGAAGAUGAGUAAUAUUUAAAUAUUCAUAUUAAAAAUGAGUGAAGGCAGGAUAUUUGAAUAUUCAUUGUGGUUAGAAAUUUUUUGUUGACAAGGCACAACCACAGCUAGAGGUAAUCAGAUGCUGUACUAGAUGUGCAUCAUGACGUUUAAGUGUAUGCGCCGGAUCUGAUCCUAUCAGGGCAGCGCACCUUUGUCUUUCGUUUCUACGUAGCUAUCUGUCGUUGUGUGGGCCUUAACACAGUGAAAAUGCGUAGCACAACGACAAUUGAUGAUUUUCAUUUUCUCUUUCUCUGCUCGUCUCUGAACUGGCCGUGCUACCAGUAUGGCUACUUAGAAGUUUGAAAAAAUUUUGUAAACCUUUUGACUCAAAACGUUUCUAGACUUUUAAUUUUAUUUUCUGACAAAUACGUAACUGCUCUCUCUUGUUUACCUGGAACUUCUGGACGAAAGUCGAUGAAGGGUCAACUUCACGAAUCCUCAUCAGGCACUUCAUACAUAAGUAUCUGGUGUGAGGACCUGUGGUAGUUGUGAUGUAAGCACUUUUCAUUUUCUUGUGGGAUAUUAUAACUACUAGAAUAGUGUAGCGUUUUUGAUCUAGAUUACCACCUUUGCCAGGCUCCUCAGAGGCCGCUAAAAUCUGCCACAUCGGAUGGUAGGCCCCAACCUACCCUAAGUAACCUAACCUUGUGGUUGUGCUGUAAGAACCUGUUAGUACUUGAUACUGUUUCUUUUAGUAUUGACGGGCUUCUGGAU